AUGUUUAAAACUUCGAGGCUUUUCGAUGAGUUACAUUAUCCAUCGAGUAAUACUUUAACACCAAUAAGAGAUUAUCAUAAUGAUUACUUCCAUAGCAACGAUUCUAAAUUACCAGCAAUUUCCAGAAACAAUAGUAGAUUUAUGAAAAAAAUUGAUGUUGAUAAACCUAUAUCUUUGACGCAAAACAGUUUCAAAAGACCUGCCAGUCUUGAUCUGAGUGAUAUAGGCGAACCCUUGACGAAAAAAUCAUACUCGCCUUUAAAUUUGGAUAAAUUUAAUUCUGCGGUUAAUAUUGAGUCUCCAAAUUCCAAAAAGGCUACUGAAUUCUAUGAAAUCGUCGAAGGAAUUUACGAAACAGAACUAAUUUAUGCUGAACUGAUGAUUACCGCCAAUUCGGUCUAUAGAAGAGCAUUGCAUGAAAAUAUUAUUUUCAGAAACAAAUUAUUAAAAGAAAAUUCGAAUGAGGAACUGCUUCUAUUUGGGAAUCUCGAUACUAUUGCUUCCAUAAGUAUUAUAUUUUGUAACUCAUUGAAAAAUUUGCUAUUGUCAAAUCAUCGUACAUCUAGCGGUUUAGACCCUAAAACUUGGGAUGAUAUUAAAAAGAACCCAAAAAUUCAGAACGAUUUAUUUUCUACAUUUAAAAUUGGUGAAGUUUUCCAACAGCAUUUACGUCGAUGCAAAUCAACUUAUACAAGCUAUUCAGUAUCACAUGAAAGGCAGAUGGAGUUAUUCCAUUCAUUACAAAGAAACCACCCUAAACUUUUCGGGUUAUGGUAUGAACAUUGUAUCAAGCUAAGUAAAUUUCAAAACCUGGAGGUGAUUCUUUCACGACCAAUAAAACGUAUAGAUGAGCUCAUUGAAUUACUAAACAAGCUGUCAAUGAAUUCGGCUGGUGUUGUCAACACAAUACUAUGUGAUAAUAUCGUCCAAGUACGUGAAGAAUAUAUUGAAUUUAAGAAUAACUUAGAAUUAGAAACAGAAGAAUAUAAUGGAAAUUCAAUGUAUAAUUUUAGCUUAACACCAAUGGAAAUCAUACAAAGUUAUAGUGACAAGAAUCAACAAUAUGAAGAUAUAGGAUCCAAAAGAAAACCAACCUUAUCCAAAAUUUCUGAAGCUUCUCCAGCCAUUAAACCCGUAACUUUUCUACGACAUGAUUCGAAAACAACUAAAAGUUUAGAUGUUGAUGGUACUAGAUCAAAUUCUGUUUUUUCUGGUUCUUCUAGUUAUUAUUCAGGGGAUUCCGUUUUUGAAAAAAGCGUAAAUCAGAGUGAACAACCAUCAUCUCCAAUAGAAGAAGGCAAUUCCAAUUCAACAAGCAUUGCCAAUCAUACUGACACGAAUUAUAAUGGAUUUUCUAAUCAUCCGCCAACGAAUUGUACAUUAUCAGAGAGCAUAACGAAAUUCAAACGUCUUAGAAAGCGAUUACUUGAACUCCAAAUAACAAUUAGUGAUGUUGAUUAUCAUUCCAUAUUAGAUAGAAAUCUUCAUAGUUGUAAAGUAUGGGAAAGGAUGUUAAAAUAUAAAGAACCAGAUAAUUCACAAUGGGAAAUCGAUAAUAAAUUAAAAGCAUAUUUUGAAGACACUUAUAAGAGGAAGGAAGAAGUAACAAUAUUGAAAUUGACUAUCCUGGAAACGACUGUUUUGGGACCAUUAUCCCAAAUUAUUAAGUAUUGUGAGAUUAUAAGGACGAAUUUAAAGGAUUUGGGUACAUUAAAGAAGGACUAUAUACUUUAUUUGAAGGAAAGGAAAGCUAACAUACAUGAUGUCAAACGUGAUCUUAUUGCGAAACAUUUUGAGAUGAUGCAAAGGAAAAUGAUGGAUGAAUUACCUACGUUUAUUUCUCUCCUUCAUAAGAUGAUUGAAUAUAUUAUUAUUCAUUAUAAUGAAUUUAUGAUGAAAUACCUUGAAGCAUUAGCUGGAGGUGAAGAAUCUAUUGCCAAGGAUCUUGAAAACUCGACGAGUACUGUUGAUGGAUAUGGUACAAAUUUUGACAUUUUGCAAUCAUUUUCCACUUCAAGGUAUAGUAUAAAGAAACAGGUACGACAAAAUUGGUCCAAUCCUGGUGAUCCAAGUGCAAGUAGAGUAGUAAGGAGAUUAUUUGAGCUUUAA